CGGUACUGUGUAGUGGCAUUGGUUAAGUCGCGCCGAGGUAAAAUAAAACUAAGAAUAACAUGAAUAUUGUUUGGAAGGCAAGACUGGUUUUCAUAACCUUCUGAUAACAGCGCUCGCUGUUGACUAGAAUGGAAGUGUGUUGUUCGGAACACAGUUUAACGGAGUUCGAUAGUCUGGAGACAGGGCUAAUUGCACGCAAGGGAACCCGUACACUCAGGGAGCCAACCGCACUGCCAUCAGCCUCUACACACAGACAUUUCAGAGCCUAAUCAGGAAAUGGACACUCUGGUCCGUGAUUUCGAUCAUGCGCUUCUGAGUGACCUGGAGUGUCCUGUCUGCACAGAAUACAUGAUUCCACCAAUAACACUCUGUUACAACGGACACAACGUCUGCAUGAAAUGCAGACUCAAUAUUGAGUGCUGCCCAAUCUGCAGGGGACGGCUCUCGGGUAUCCGUAAUAUCACCCUGGAGAGGAUAGCCAGGAGACAAAUGUAUCCAUGUACCAACAGGGAUAAAGGCUGCUCUCAAGCGUUCUCUAUGGAUCUGAUCGCCGAUCACCAGGCCGUGUGUCGAUACGGCCCCAUGAAGUGUCCGAUGAACAAAUUCCCAUCCAUCAAGUGUUCCUGGAAGGGGCUGAUGUCAGAGUUCAAGGGGCAUGUCGCAGAGUCGCAUGGGGACUACUACAAAGAUACGCCAUCUAUUAGGUCACAUAAUAUUGGGAACGCAGAAGCAGUGAGGUUUGUCUUGAAUGAGACGUUUUUAUGCUACAAAAGCAUGAAAGGAGGACAGUGGUUCUGUGUGGUCCAGCUGGUGGGCACAAAGGAAGAAGCUGCAAAAUACAAAAGUCAGUUUACACUCUUUGGGGCCAACGGCGUUGAUAAAAUCAUUGAAACGUUUGUAGUCAGAAGUUUCACAGAAGAUUUUUCUGACAGUUUUCAGUCUGCGAAAUGUCUCGUCCUUGAUGAUAAAGUUAUUCGGAAUUUCGUUGAGGAUGGAAAACUUAAUUUAACAGUGACUAUAUCGAAGAUUGAAAAAUGACAGAGAACAAAUCCGGAUAAUUAUAAGCCAAAGAAUUAUCAGUGAACAUUUUUUUGAGUGUCUAUAUUGGGUGUAAUACAUGCAGGUUCUUCAGGGUCAGUCACAUAAUUUGCGGGUUUAUGAGGCCAAACACGGAAUUUUCCGGGACAAUCCCACAAGUUUCUGCCCGUGUAUCAGGACUGUGAAAUGUGAAUAUUCUGGAGCAGCCCCAUAAUGUCUACUUUUGAAUGAGGCCUGUGAAAGACAUACACAUACACAUUCUUCUGAGCAAAUCCAAUAAUUUUUGGAUGUCAGGCCUAUCAAAUAUAUCUAUUCUUCUGUGCCAA